CAAAAAAUAUAUAUAUUUCUUUUGAAGUCUCUACAAAAUACAAGAGUAUUUAUUUCCCUCCCUCAAGUACGUGUAAAGUGAGUGUAAAAGUGAGUGCUCCAAUUGGUUUAUAGAACGUGCAAAGAAAACGGUUAAUACCCGAAGCAAACAACACACAAGAAAUCUAACAAAUAGAUGAAGCCCACAUUAAAAUGAAGUUAAAAUUGCCCCCGAGCACAGCCUGCAUGCUAAUGGAGCUGUAAACAAAGCCCCAGACCAGCCACAGAAUAUUUUAAUGGUACUUCUGAGAAGCUUUUUCCCCCGACAGCACCAGAAGCAGAGGAGGACUGACCCUCUCCCCGCUCUCGUCCCCGCUGAAGCCUCUCUGAACGACUGGAAGUAAAAGUCGAAAUUGAAAACUCUGCAGGAGAGCCCUCCACACAAAUCACGUAGUCAAGAACGGGCCAGUGCACACAUCCAUCCAGCCAUCGAGGGAGAAGACGGAGAAACAGCUGCCAGGACACACACACAUCCCAUCGAAGGAGCCAACGGCUUGCUGCAUGCUGGCCAAGCCCCAGAUAGCACACAUCCAAUAGUUUUAGAGCUCCUGCUCCUGCUCCUGCAAACCCCAAUCUCCCUUGCAUCCAAAUGUAUGCCGGGCGAGCGACACAAUUUGCCAAAACCAUCAGCAGCAUGGCAUGCAGCAUACAGAAGCAGCCGCAAGCCGCAGCACAGCCCGCAGCCACAGCCAUGACGACGAUGACUACGAGUGGAGGCGGCUCCAGUGGAGCGGGCACUGUGCCCUCCACACCGAAAUCAAGCAAGACAUCGGCCCAGCCGAGGGGCUCGCUGCCAACGGAUGUAAAUCAGCCCCCGUUGGAAUUUCAAUGGCCACCGCCGGUGCCUGUUUCGACGCACACAAGCAACUUGCGCCUGAACAUGAUGAAUCAGGACCCAAAGGACCUGCACACAGCAAGGGCCAUCAUCGAGGAGCUGCGCUCCAAAGUGCGCUUUCAAACAGAGCACAUCAUGAAGUGGCGCAAGGCGUACGCCAUGCAGGUGCAGCAGCACUAUCGCUAUCAGAAGGAGAAAUCCGAUCAGAUGAACUCCCUGACCUCCCAGCUGCUGCUCUUGGAGUCCCGCCUGAAGCGAAAGCAGAAACAGAUCGCCAGCCUCCUCAACCAUCGAGAGCUGACAAUCGCACGCCAGCAGAAGGUCAUCGAUACGCUGUCCUCGCGGCUGGUGGAUCACGGACUGGAGACGAUCGAUGCGAGCUAUGCCAACGAGUUGGACUCCCUGAACGACUCGGAUUCGGCGGUGGUGCUGGAGGACAUUGAUUCGGACAGCACCAUGACAUUGGGCACGCGACGGAGGAGCAGUGGAGGCGGUGGAGUGCUGGGAAGUGAUGGCAUCACUAUAGUCCGUUCGAUAUCUGAUGCAAUUGAAACGAAUCUGAACAAAUAUGGAGCUGCACGGAGGAACAAUUGCUUCUUGCGACGUCCUGACAUCCUGGAGACGGUUUAUUCGGUGGAAGAGGACCCCGAACCCACACCCGAUGUGGCGGAGAAGCGGGACAAAUUCAAGAAUCGGUCGGACAAGGCCUUGAGCUCCAGCUCCACCGAGGGACAAAUCGAUGGCGUCAGCCCCACGGCGGCUGCCAGCGCAGAAAAAGCCAAAGAGUCGUCGAUGAGUGUGGAUGGAGGAGGAGGGCCUGCGAUUCCGCGUCGACAGCUGGGAGCCCUGAAGCGAUCCCCCAGCCACGAUGCCCCGUGCACCACAGUGAGUGUCAAAGUGCCGCAGUUACAGCCGUCGGCACAGCAGCCACAGCAGGAGCCGCUCAAUGGCAAGAAUCAGGUACUCUCCUACAAUCGUGUGAUGUUGAACCAUCGAUCGGUGACCAAGCCCAAGGACGUCAAAUACAAGCGCAUCAACAAGGCCAAGUCCAAGAGCCUCGAAGAGCUGCGUGGGCGACUAAAGAAUCUGGUGGAACGACCGCCAGGACUGGAGGGUGGCUACCCCUCGGGCAUGAUGCCACAGACGGCACAGUCGUAUGCGUGACAUUCGCCACAGCAG